UUGGCGAAAAAAAAUCAACGCCUUCGAUAAGUAGUAAACUUCAAAGCGCUGCCGCUUGUCUCCCGCAGAAACCAGAGUCCAAGAGACGUCGGUGAACCAAAGCCGUACAAACGAAGAAGAAGAAUAAGAAGAAGAGGGGGCAAAAAUGACUCUGGGCUUGAUCAAUGCGAACCCAGUGGUUCACGCCAAGAAAGAACGAGUUGCUCGUACUGAUGAUCCUCACGAUAACGAUGCCGUUGAUCCACUCGAAAUAUAUGAUUUCGUUAGGGAUAUAAGAGAUCCUGAACAUCCGUAUUCAUUAGAGCAACUUAGCGUUCUUUCGGAGGAAUCAAUCACAGUUGAUGAUAAGCUGGGUCGAAUUCUGAUAACUUUCACUCCCACUAUCCAGCAUUGCAGCAUGGCGACAGUAAUCGGUCUAUGCCUAAGGGUUAAAUUAAAAGAUUGUUUUCCUCCACACUUCAAGGUUGACAUUAAAGUUGCCCCCGGAUCUCAUGCUGAUGAACAAUCAGUUAAUAAGCUGUUGAAUGAUAAAGAGAGAGUUGCUGCUGCCUUGGAGAAUCCUAACCUUCGCCAACUUGUAGACGAGUGCCUUUACUCCAACGAACUUUGAAAACAAUUAUGCUCAACUUUUUUAAAGCGCAUUGUACAGCUUAAACAUCAGCCAGCUCUAAAUGCAAUAAGAAAUAACUUAGUUGCAACACAAUUCGCAUUUGCAGAAUGUAUAUACCUCAUGUUUGUUGUCAUUGUACUUUG